GCGGUGGCUGCGGAGCUGACGAGAAACUCCUAAAUUUCCUCUGGGAGUGAAGUAGAAUUUCUUAAGAACAUAAUGGAUGGAGAAGAGAAAACCUAUGGUGGCUGUGAAGGCCCUGAUGCUAUGUAUGUCAAAUUAAUAUCCUCUGAUGGCCAUGAGUUUAUUGUAAAAAGAGAACAUGCGUUAACAUCAGGAACAAUAAAAGCCAUGUUGAGUGGCCCAGGUCAGUUUGCUGAAAAUGAAACCAAUGAAGUCAAUUUUAGAGAGAUCCCUUCACAUGUGCUAUCCAAAGUGUGCAUGUAUUUUACCUACAAGGUUUGUUACACUAACAGCUCGACCGAGAUUCCUGAAUUCCCAAUUGCACCUGAAAUUGCACUGGAACUGCUGAUGGCUGUGAAUUUCCUAGAUUGUUAAAUAAAGUAAA